AUGUUCUUUGAAGAGACUGAUUUACUGCUGAAGUUUUCAUUCAGCGGCAAGCAGAUACUGAACGUGUUGAUUAUUUUCAACCUCUUUAUGAACAUCAUUCUCAUUCUUUUCGUUUUUAUUCUUUUUCAUUCUCAUUCUUUUCGUUUUUAUUCUUUUUCAUUCUCAUCAACGGAUUCUUUUUGUGAUCUUUCUCUCUUUUCUUUUUUUUUUCUUCUCAUUCUGUCUUUCUCAUUCUUUUCUCUUUUUAUUUCUUUUUUCAUUCUCAUUCUUUUCGUUUUCUGUGAUCUUCUCUUUUCAUUUUUUUUUUCUUUUCUCAUCAAUCAACUGUCUUUUCUUUCUUGUCUCUCUUUUCUUUCUUUUUUUCAUUCUCAUCAACGGCUUCUUUCUGUGAUCUUGUCUCUCUUUUUUUUCUUUUUUCAUUCUCAUCAACGGCUUUUUCAUUCUCUUGUCUCUCUUUUCAUUUUUUUGUUUCAUUCUCAUCAACGGCUGUCUUUCUGUUCUUGUCUCUUUUUUUUUUUUUUUUCAUUCAUUCUCAUUCUUUUCUGUUUUUGUCUUCUUUUCUUUUCUUUUUUCAUUCUCAUUCAACAUUGUCUUUUGUGA